AUGUUAUCCAAACGAAUGCCAGAGACUCCUACACCGGGCGUGUAUCGCGCGACGAAGGCUUCAGCCUUCACUCUCCAAUCUCGCAGGGUUCCUCGGGAGAGAACUCGUGAGAGAACCAGAGACCGAGGAACCAAGGACAAAGAGCGAGACAGCUCCGGCUCCGGCUCAGGUUCUAUUGGCAGUAAGACUCGGCGUCCCGAAGAGUGCCGCAAAUUCGACAAACCUCCAGACGUAACCUCCCCCUCGAGCAGUCCGAUAGUAAUGCUCCGCGUUGGGCCCGAGAAACGUCUUUUCGCCGCCCACGAAGCCGUCCUCUGCGCAUCACCAUUCUUCGCAGCCCACUGCGCAGCUCAGACACCAAGUCCGACAGCACCCCGCCCAAGACCACCCCUCCAGCCACCCGGCAAGCGCAUUGAACUCCCCUCCGAGCAAGCCGAGGUCCUAUCCUGCGUGCUCGAGUACCUCUACAAGGGCGACUAUUACCCGCGGCUACGCCACAACAGCCGAAAACAGACAUGGGAGCUCGAGGACGCAGAUACAAAUGCCAGCGCCAGCGGGGAACUAGGACAAGCGACGGCGACGGUAUACCACCAUCGCGCGAGGGGUGUGAUAUUGCGUGAUACGGCCAUCUACUGCGCAGCAGAGAAAUAUAACCUCCCGCACCUGCAACGUCUCGCACUGCGCAAACAGGGCCUCCACACCGGGAUCCCGUGCAGCACUAUCUUGGCGAGUGCGCGGUUCGCAUAUGCCAAUACGCCGGACACGGAGUCGAAGCUGCGGGCGCAUUACCUGGCGCUGAUUGUGCGGUCUCGGGGGACGUUUAUGCGCAGUGGGACUAUGCAGGCGGAAAUGGAGCGUGGAGGGAAGAUGUUUUUCGAUCUAUUUGUUGCUUUGUGUAAUCAUAUGGACGAUUAUGUUCCUGACGAGUCGGUUAGUAGUUCGGCUGCUACGACUCAGUGUUAG